AUGGUUAACGUACCCAAACAGCGCAGGACAUACUGCAAAAAAUGUAAGUGCCACAAGACUCACAAGGUGUCACAGUACAAAAAGUCCAAAGAAAGGCACGCUGCCCAGGGUAGAAGACGUUAUGACCGUAAACAACAGGGUUAUGGUGGUCAGUCCAAACCCAUCUUCAAAAAGAAGGCGAAAACUACCAAGAAAAUUGUGCUCCGUCUGGAAUGUGCCGAUUGCAAGGUUAGGUCACAAGUAGCACUUAAGCGCUGCAAGCACUUCGAGCUCGGUGGUGACAAGAAGAGGAAGGGACAGAUGAUUCAGUUCUAG